AUGGAUGAAAAUUACAAAUUCAUUUUUCAACAAACUAAAUCAAGAAUUAAAUAAUUUAGAUAAAAAAUAAAAAAUUUGACAGAAAGUAUACAAAAAAAUAAUAAGAAUAUUCCCUCAUAAUAAAAUUUGAAAUCCUUCAAUUAUUAACUUUUGGACCAAUAUUCAGUUACAUAAAAUGAAUCAUGUUUUGCAAAGGCUAUCAAUAAAGAUUUUUCAACAUUGGUGGCUGGAUGUUAGUCAUAAAUUAAAGUAUUUGAUUUUAAAUUAGGAAUAAUGAAUGAAAUAUAAAUUUUAAGUGAACAUAAGAAGGAUGUAUUAACUUUGAAUUUUAUGAGAAAGUAGAAUUAGUUUAUUUCAGAGGAAGUUAAGAUAAAUCUAUUAUUAUAUGGUAAAAAAAUGAAAGUAAUUAAUGGAUUGCCUAUUAGAUAUUAAAUGGCCAUAAUGAUUUAUCUAAUACUUAGUAUUAAAUAAUAAUGAUGAUUUAAUAGUGUCAGGUAGUUACGACACCACUAUUAAAUUUUGGAUGAAAAACAAUUGAUGGUUGUGUUAAUAAACAGAUCAGUCUGCUUCUGAAUAUGGAUUAAGUUUUAAUAAAUAAUAAGAUAGACUUAUGUCAUGUAGUUCUGACAGAUAGAUACUAAUAAUAUAAUAAUCACAAUAAAAUAAGGAAUGGAUUGUAAUAUAAAAAAUAACAGUUGAAAAGAAUGGUGGAUCUAGAAUAUGUUUUAUAGAUAAUAAUGUUUUCACAUUCUAACCUUGUGGCAAAGAAUAAAUGUCUGUUUUUGAGAAGUAUAGUAUAAAUGAAUAAUACAGUAUAACUUAAGAUGUUUCUGUAAAAUGUGGAUAAGAUGGAAAAAGUUUAUUUCCUUAAUAAUAUAUAUGUAAAAAUGUCUCUUUUUAAGUAAGUGUGGUCAAUAUAUCAAAUUAAUAAAGAAAAAAUAUAAUGGAGAAUUUAUUACUGAAUAAUCAAUUUAUUUUGGAACAAGCACUUUAUAUGGAGUAAUGA